AUGAACGUGAGCGUCGGGGGAACAGGAGGCUGGUCGGCCAAGGGCUGCGAGCUGCUGUCCCGGAACCGGACCCACGUCUCCUGUCAGUGCAGUCACAUGGCCAGCUUUGCCGUGCUCAUGGACGUCUCCAGACGCGAGCACGGAGAGGUCCUGCCCCUGAAGAUUGUCACCUACGCCGCCGUGUCCUUGUCGCUGGCCGCCCUGCUGGUGGCCUUCAUCCUCCUCGUGCUGGUGCGGACGCUGCGCUCCAACCUGCACGGCAUCCACAAGAACCUCAUCGGGGCGCUCUUCUUCUCCCAGCUGGUGUUCGUGAUCGGGAUCACGCAGACGGGAAACCCGUUCCUGUGCACGGUGAUCGCCAUCCUCCUGCACUACAUCUACAUGAGUACCUUUGCCUGGACCUUCGUGGAGGGCCUGCACGUCUACCGAAUGCUGACCGAAGUGCGCAACAUCGACACCGGGCCCAUGAGGUUCUACUACGUCGUGGGCUGGGGCAUCCCGGCCAUCAUUACGGGACUCGCGGUGGGCCUGGACCCCCAGGGCUAUGGAAACCCUGACUUCUGCUGGCUGUCCCUUCGAGACACCCUGAUCUGGAGCUUCGCCGGGCCCAUUGGAACAGUUAUCAUUGUCAACACAGUCAUUUUUGUCCUGUCUGCAAAGGUCUCCUGCCAAAGAAAGCAUCAUUAUUAUGAAAGGAAAGGAGUCGUCUCCUUGCUCCGGACUGCCUUCCUCCUACUGGGGCUCAUCAGCGCCACCUGGCUGCUGGGGCUGCUGGCCGUGAACAGCGACUCGCUGGCCUUCCACUACCUCUUCGCGGUCUUCAGCGGCUUGCAGGGUCUCUUCGUCCUCCUAUUCCACUGCGUGCUCAACAGGGAGGUCCGGAAGCACCUGAAGGGGGCGCUCUCCGGGAAGAAGCUGCACCCGGAUGACUCGGCCACCACGAGGGCCACCCUGCUGACGCGCUCCCUCAACUGCAACCACACGUACAGCGAGGAGCCCAACAUGUUCCGCACGGCCCUGGGCGAGUCCACUGCCUCGCUGGACAGCACCGUCAGGGACGAAGGGGGCCAGAAACUCAGCGUGUCCUCUGGGCCAGCACGGGGUGGCCAUGGGGAGCCAGAUUCAUCCUUUGUCCCCAGGAACACCAAGAAGCACCACGGCCACGAUUCAGACUCCGAUAGCGAGCUGUCCCUGGAUGAGCAAAGCAGCUCCUAUGCAUCCUCGCACUCGUCAGACAGCGAGGAUGAUGGGGUGGGAGCUGAGGACAAAUGGGACUCAGCUCGGGGCCCUGUCCACAGCACCCCCAAAGUGGAUGCUGCUGCCAACCACAUGCCCGCCGGCUGGCCCAACGAGAGCCUGGCUGGCAGCGACAGUGAGGAGCCUGGCGACAAGCCGCGCCUGAAGGUGGAGACCAAGGUCAGCGUGGAGCUGCACCUGGAUGAGCAGGGCAAUCACUGCAGCGAGCGCUCCCCGGAGCAGGAGAGCGGCGGCCCGUUGAGGCCUGCGGACGUGCUCCCCAACCAGCCCCCGGAGCAGAGAAAAGGCAUCUUGAAAAACAAAGUGACCUACCCGCCGCCACUGACCGAGAAGACUCUGAAGUCCCGGCUCCGGGAGAAGCUGGCCGAGUGCGAGCAGAGCCCCGCGUCGUCGCGCUCGUCCUCCCUGGGCUCGAGCGACGGGGCCCGUGCCCCCGACGGCACCAUCACCAUCAAGAGCCCACGCCGGGAGCCGGGGCGCGAGCACCUCAAUGGGGUGGCCAUGAACGUGCGGGCUGGGAGUGCCCAGGCGGCCGGCUCUGACUCCGAAGGCAGUAACGAAACUUCAAUCUGAACCAUCAGGAAACCGAGACAAGCCCACCGCCUCCAGCCAGGCCUCUGUGCUGCAUCGAUGCACCCUUGGACCUUGGAGCCCAAGGGGCCGCUGCGCUGUCAGUGAAGGGGCCCUGGUGGUGGGGAUCCCUGCGGUGGCAGCCCCAUGACUGGUGUGACUGACAGUCCAGACACAAAGCCCCGGGCUACCCCCGGGAGCUCGGGGCCCAGCCGACCCGUGACAAGUGCCAAAGGUCACGGGCUCGAGGAUGGGUGGGCUCCCGGGCCGGCUCAGCCGGAUGCCGACUGCGGAGUGAGGCAGAGCCGCGGCCGGCAGGGCCAGGAGUGGGCCCGGUACAAGAGCUGGCGGGGCCCCAAACUGCCAGGCCUGGCUUGUCGGGGUUCGGGGUGCUGGGCGUGGGUGGAGGACGGAGGUCCACUGGCCAUGCAGGUGCCCCCAGGUAGCACAGGUCCCUGGCCGGUGGCCUUGACGACCCUUUGCAUAAACAUCCCUUGUCUUAAAGCAAAUUAUUUUCUUUUGUUGAAAAGGUGUAGAUACUUCUAUAUAUAUUUGUAUGGGACUCGGAGAAGGUGAAAGCCUGUGUAUAUUUUGCAUUUGUACUAUUGAUACUGGGAGAUCUGUGGGAUGAUCUCUCACUUUUUUUUAUAUAAGGAAGAUUGCACAGUUGUACUUGAACCUGGCGUGCGUUGAUGCAGCUGGUGUCCCGGCAGAUCAGAGUGGGAAGUGCGUGGGGAGCGAGUGGGUCCUCGAACAGAGGUUCCUGCCGCUGGGCCCGGCCAGGAAACAGGGAGCUGUGGGCACCACGCGCAGCCGCCUGAAUUCCCAGCGCGUGUUUCUGAGAUGUGUGCUCUCUGCUCCCAGCCGCCCCGACUGUGGUGGAUUGGAGACAGGGCAGCCUGGGACGGGGUGGGACUUGAGGAGCGCCCGCCCCCCCCGCCACUGAGGCUGGUGGAGAAGGCAGGUGCCCCACGGCCAUGGUGGAGGCGCUGACUGUGACUUAGCGCUGGCCCUUCCCUGGCCGCCCCGCCCCCACCCCAGGCCCACGCUCGGCCUGCGGGGCUUCCCUGGCCACUGGCCCAGUCGGUGUGGUACCGCAGGUGGGGACGUCUUUUGUCCCCUCUGCUCCUGUUCCCAGUGGGAUUGUACAGUGUUCACACGUUUCCGAUCCAGACGGAGGUGUGAGGUCUUCCAGGAUGUCACGGUCCUUCCUGCCAAAUUUUCCAGCUCUUUUAGACUCUGAGGAUCCCCAGGCAGGCCGGGGCCCCACCCCCGAGUCCGACCAAUGACUUCAUUUUGCUUCAAAUGGCCAAUUGUGCGGAGGGACAAAGCCACGGCCACGCUUCUCAGUGGUUACCAAGCUGUUUUUUGGAAGUUCGUACUGAGGAGCGGCCGCACCUGGCCCGCGGUGGGCAGUUGGCGCGGCGUGGCCCCAGGGGCUGUGGCGUGGGGCCAGAAUGACUCAGACGCAUCUCGUUCCAGUGUUGCCUUUGUUCUUCAAAUCAGGCGCCCAAGUACGGGACUAGUACAGCUGCUUCCAAGUUUGAGAAACCAUAAAAUAGGAAGAAAAUCAAGUCAAAUGUGAAGAUUUCCACGCCAUAUUCGGAUGGAAAUGUGAGCACUGUUAGGACCACCCGGGGAACAGCAGCUGCGAGGAGGUUCUGAGGCCACACACCUCACACGGGAGCGAAGUGAGACCCCGGGGUCCGCAUGUGGGAAUGAAUUAUAAAUGUGCCUUAGCGGGUGAGGGGCCUUCUGAAGACAGAAGAGGGUCUUCAGAUGUUUACCCCUGACGAGACCUUUUCUAAGUAAAAAAGUUUGAAUACCCUAGAGUCAGAAGCCCCCACCUUUGCGUCCUCACUCUUCUGCAGCUGGGUCCUGCCCCUUGGGGUGCGGUUUUCAAUCUGAUCAGAAUUGUUACCAAAAAACAACUGUCCGUUUUAUUAAGACAGGAAAAUACAUUGUAAACCUAUUUUUGUGACUUAAGACUUUAUGAGAAAUGAGACACUGGAGUUUUUUUAACAAAUGUCUAUUUAUUAAUGUUCGGAACACUGGAAUUACAACACAAGAGAAGAGUCUGCAAUAAAUUAAGGUUUCCGAA